AUGGGACGAGUAGGACUUGGGCUUUUUUACCGUGUUCUUCGUCGUCUAAUGGGUGUUGGAAGCAUAUUGUCAAGGUUGGAAAAAAAAAAGAUCUGGAUCAAUAAUACUCUUGAUAGUUACUUUGUGGGGAUUAUGGGUGAUGGGUCUACAAUUAAUUUUUGGACAAAUCCAUGGCUUUUUAAUGAUUCGCUUCGAUUAGUUUAUCCCAACCUUUUUAGACUCGAGAAGCACACAUGGGUUUCUGUUUCAGACAGGAUUCAAAUCACAAACGGGUCAAAAACGCUGCAGUGGGAAUGGAGGAAAGAGCCUUCGACGCCAGAAGAAAUCGCUGAAUUGUUUAGUCUGUUGUCUGCUGUCUUUGAUUAUGAAUGGAAGGGUGGUACAGACUCGUGGAAGUGGAAUGCAGACCCAAACGGUAGCUUUUCUGUUAAAGCUGCUAAAGCGCUGAUGCGCCAACAUAAUCAGCAGACGUCGAGCAGCCUUAUGAAGUGGAAAGGAUGGGUGCCGCUCAAAUGUAAAAUAAUGGUUUGGCGAUCUUUGAUUAACCGUAUGCCUCCGAAUGAGCUUUGUGUUUGCUGUGAGUCGGUUCCAGAAACUACCCUCCAUCUAUUCAACGGAUGCUUCUUCGCUGCAGAAAUUUGGAGUCGGAUAGAGCACUGGUGCAGCCUUACUCCUAUAUUCGCUUUUGAUAUGAAAGAUUUUAUGGAGAUCCCUUCAAUUCAAACGAAGUCUAAGAGGUCGAGAAAUAUUCUUCGAGGGAUUGUUUUUACUACGUUGUGGUCUAUCUGGAACGAGCGCAACACGAGGAUCAUCAAAGGAGUUCGGCGUCGUCCGGUUGAAGUUUUGGAAAGCAUAAAAAUGACUUCGUAUUUUUGGUAUCGAAAGAGAGCUAAAAGUAGAGAUUUAGAUUGGAAUGCUUGGUGUAAAAACCCUCUAGUUGUGAUGUAA